UCUAUAGAUACAUUCAUUAGCUCGAAUACUUUUUUUAGUGUACAUUACGGCGCUGCUUACUGUCGGCUAGCACAUUUGGCUAGCUUGGCCUCCAGCCAAGCGUUUUGUUUUCUUCUUUACGAUCCAGUUUGUGUAUACAAUGCGAGAUAAUUAUAUGCCGCGCUUUUUUCUUGUUUGCACACUUUUGAAAUAAGCAUUUGGCACAACAAGAAAAGGAAGCUGCCAAACAGCAAUGGAGGACAGGACUGGCGACCACGGACAUGACACAGCUGGCGCAGUGGAAGAGGAGGAUCAGUCUACAAAUGAGUCUCCAUGUGAAGGUCUGAACAAUGUAACGAUUACAGGACAACACCCCUGUGGAGAUGGUGUUCAGGCUGAGGAGAGGUCUGUGCACAAUGUGGAGAAGAGCGCCGCUUCCCCUGACCGCGGAACAGAUGACGGUGAAGACAGCAGAGGGGAGCAGAGAAAUGAAGAACCAGCAGUAGAAGCAAAGGAGUUUGUGCCCGAAGAGGAGCAACCAAGGGAUGAGGAAGCGCCAGAAGACACCACAGCAGUAACGGGGGGCGACACAAACCAUGAUCAGGUAGAUGGUCCCACAGCAGGGCAUCCAGAAGACACAAACGAUGAUGGAAAGGAUCUUGCACAAAGUCUGAACACGGGUUCGAGUUGUGAGGAUAAGGAGCCCUUGGACGACCUGAGGAGUAAAGUGGAGACCAUUGGUCCGACCACUCAGGAAACCGAUUUCGCAAGAGAAGUCACAGCCAGUCCUGGAAGGAGAAGUUACCUGAUAGCUUUUGUCACGGUGGUACUCCUCGCCAUCCUGGCACAGCAUCUCCUCCAGCCUGAGCCUCCGCCCCCGAGCAGCGUUUCGCCGGUCGACAUCUUUCUCAGGGAAAUGGACAAAGUCAUGACUCGCUUUCCUCACCAGCGUCCAGAGCUGUGGAGACGUAGCAGGAUCCACCUGAAGAGGCACAUCCUGACGGCUCAGCCCAGCGAGCCGGUCAGCCUGAUCCUGACGGCGGGCGUCUCAGACAGAAAGACGCUGCGCUGCCUGGCCAGCGACCUGGCGUCCGCCGUAUCCACCGCCAUCAAUGCCACCGUCCUCCACAUAGACGGCGCCAACGUCGGAGAAGAUCGCUACAAGGUGAAGGAGGACAUCGACCUGCAGCUUCAGCGAGCUUUCGAGGGAGACAAACCUGUGGCGGUCAUCCACCGCUUUGAGCAGCUGCCGCCGAGCGCCACGCUCAUUUUCUAUCGCUACUGCGACCAUGAGAAUGCGGCGUACAAGAAGACGUUUUUCAUCUUCACCGUCUUGCUGGAGGAUGAGAUUCCCGUCAAGGCUUCUCUGAGAAACGUGGAGGAGAUGGUGGACGACCACCUUCAGAGGAAGUUCCUCUCCCAUGACCUCUCCGUGGCCUUCGACAGGAUGGACCUGGACAAGUACGGUGGACUGUGGAGCCGAAUUUCUCACCUCAUCCUCCCUGUGGCUGCAGAGGAGAGGACAGAGCAGGAAGACUGCUAGCUGACGCUAAGUUGUUUUCUCCCGGGUGACUCAUCUUGAUGUUGGUAGCGGCCACUUUGACAGCUUUGCUGCUUCACGGCAGGACCUUCAAGACAAAUAUGACACCUGUGACGCUACUGCUAACCUUCACAAUGAACAAAAAUGUCAGCCGACAUUGAAAAAAAUGGGGGCACUUUAUUCUUUAAUCGAUUAAGGAGAGCAUUUAUGAGCUGGAGGUUCACUCACUUGAGUGCAGACCUCCGCCAAUCCUAAUUUACUACAUCAGUAGAGUGUCUCUGCAAAAGCCUGAAUGAUUCACUGUCACAUGAAGGUUUUACAAGAUGCACGCAAAAUUAGGGAUGCAACGAUUAACCGGGUUUACUAUUAUAAACGUCCAUUUAAAGGUAGGGGUUGCUUCCUGUGUGUGUUGAAGAAACUAUAGGCAUGUAAGUUAAUAUAGCAAGUGUAGAACACUAACAACAUCAGGAUGUUUACAGAGCAUUUUUUACUUGUAUUUAAUUGCAAGACCAAGAUACUUUUAGUUCAUUUAUAAUUUUGUACUGCUAUAUUAUUUUAUACGGUAAUAAAUAACAUUGAAAUCUCUCAGGAAUGUCUGAUUUGAUACAUUUUUGGUUGUAAAAAUAAUCACUGCAUGAUAAUCGUGAAACAAUGAUAAAUACAUUGACUAUAAUUACACCAUCAAUCUCUGUAAUCGUUGCAUCCCUACUCCAUAACAGGAUUACUUUUAAUAAUUCAGAAACACAAUUGUAUUUUAAAUCUUUUUUACCAGUUACAUGUAUAUAUUUUUUGUCUUCUUUCAUAAUUCUGCUAAAUACCAAACAGGAAAAAAACAUCCUUGGUAACAAGCAAGCAAGCAAAAAAAGAUUGAUUCCAGGGUUCACAAGGUGUCUGUUUAUAGAUUGUGUAUGGUAUGAAAAACAAAUUGUAUAAUCAACUGAUUUGUAAUUUAAGUAGGGAUUGUUUUACGGUAAAUAAUGACCUCAAAUUAAAACCUUUGGGUUUUGUUUUUUUUGAGUA